GCGACCCUCAAAGAGGUCGCAGAGAAGCUGGCAGCAGGAGGCUUGAGGAGUCCGAAGGACCUUGAGGGCUCGGACCCAGCUGAAGUUGCGGAAGCGGUCGGAGGUAACGCAGGGUUGCGUGCUUUCGCGAGGCGCGUGCACGGGCGUGCAGCGGCGGCUGCUGCUGCAGCUGCUGCCUCCGCCGAGCACGCCAUGGGCGCAGGAGGGUCGGAGGCUCGGGCUUCGAGGGACGCCAUGCCCCAGCCGGAGCGUCUGGAUCCCUCACUCGUGGAACUCUUCGGGUCUGAGGCCAGCGCGGCGGAGAUUGCCAAGGCAAUGAGCGCCAACGCUGACGACGUGAACGUGCCAGACCUCCUGAAGGCUGCGAAGUGCGACGGGCUCCCGUACCACAUGCAGGACGACUUCCAAGUGUGGACGGCGCUGGCUGCUGGCACCAAGGCGGCGGUGCGCGCCGGCAAGACACCCUUCACGUACGUGGACUUGACGGCCAAUGCUGUCCUCCCCGCGUGGCUUCCAGCCGAUGCGGUGGGAGGUAAAAGCAUGGGCCUGGCGGAGGACAUGUGGGAAUCGAGGGCCACGUCUUCCAUCUCGCAGCUUGGCGCGGCACUGCGAGCGGCGACUGCAUCUCCGAGGUGCUUUCGGUCGAUUGCCCAGUGGUCUGCGGCCUAUUUGCGCUACGUGCCAGUCGCUGUGGCAGUCGGCCAGCUGACGUGGGCGACGGCGCUCACCCACCAUGCGACCGUCGUGCGCCUGGCCGAGGAGAGCCGGGUCACUGAUGGGGACUCUGUUCUGGCGGUUCUGUGCGACCAGCCCCAGGGGCAACACUGGGCCAAGCGGGCGGCGCAGCGUGACCCAGAGCUUGACAUCCCAAAGGAAGCGGCCGCGGUCAACGAACAGACCGCGCUUGCGGCUCGUACCCGGCUGGAUUUGAUUUCGCACCACCUCAAGCCUAAGGACGCUGGCGUUGUACGCGCGCGUGGCCCAGCUGAGGGGGCCUCCGACUACCAGUCCCAGGUUGCAGCUGCAGAGUCCGCCCUGGCCAAGGGCGCGAGCGCGGCGCAGGCGAUCACGAAGCGUGCAGAGCAGGCGGCCAAAGCCAUGGCCAGCCAGCAGGAGGAGCUCAACAAACGCCAGAUCGCACUGCAACAGCAGCAGCAGCAGGCGCAGGGCAGGCAGAACGACAGCCAUGCCGGCAGCUCGCGGGAUGCCAAGAGGAAAGCGUGGAUGGACAAUGCCCGCCAAUGGAAGCAGUACGGGAAGAACGUGGCGCUGCAUAGUGACGCGGCGGGUAUUGCAGGCACCUCGCUUGCAGCCGCUGUGGAUGAGCAGCGCGGGCCGGGAACGGCGUGCAGUCAUGGCGAGCAUUUUCCGCUGCCGCCGGAUGUUCUGGAGCCGUUCGUGCCGAACGGUGGUGGCCAGCCCAAAGGGCUUUCGAAACGCGAGCAAAUCGCGUGGCAGUUGCGCCAAGACCACCCGCUUCAAUUGGAGGGCGUUUCCCUCGAUGCGGACCUGGGCAGAGCCAUCGGCUACGAGCUCGCGCAUAGCGCCAGCGAGAUCGACGCCGACCGCUCCAAGGCUUUGGCUUUCUGGAGCAGCAGAGCUGAGCAGCUACGCGAUGCACAAGUCGCUUGGGCGAGCGACGCUGACCCAAGAAUCCGACAGCUCGUGCUGGGCAUUCACGGGCCCUUGAUUCGUGAGCUCUGCGAGGCCAUGGGCUUCAAAGACGUCGGCCUUGUCGAUGCGCUGCAGCAGGGGUUCCCGUACGUGGGUUUGCUGCCCAAGACGCACGAGGCAGUGGUUGACGUUGUGCCCAAGGCGCUGGGGCGUUUGGACAUCGAGGCCCUGCGCAACCAGCGCUGGAUUAUGAACCAGCACAUUUUGGGCAGAGUGCGCGCCACUGAUUGGGAUGAGGACAUCUGGGCUCAGACGUCGGAGGACGCGCAGCUAGGCGCCAUGUCUGAGCCAGUCCCGGUGGACCAGCUGGACCUUGGAGCGGCGACCCUUUCCAGGCGGCUGCCUGUGCAGGAGCAGCGUAGCCGUGGGUGGAAGACCCGCGUCGUGGACAACAAAACUGAAUCGGGUGUCAACGAAGCAUGCCAAGCUCAACAGAAGGUUGCGCACGAUGGUCUGGACGUCCUCGUGCUGAUGCUGUUGCAGUUCGCGCGGCACGCUGUGGCCCCGCGCAUGUGGAAGCGCGACAUCUCCCGUGCUUUCAGACGGUUGGCCAUAGCAGCCCAACACCUUGAUCUCGCGUGGGUGGUCUUCUUGUACAAAGGCGCCGCAUGGGCUGCGCAGCAUCUCGGGAUGCCGUUCGGCACGACGUCCGCGGUGUACGCAUGGCACCGCGUUGGCGCAAUGCUGCUGGCCGUCAUCAGGAGGAUCUGCCUGGCGCCGGCAGCCCGUUUCGUCGACGACUUCUUCGGCUGCUCGAAGGACGGCGUGUACUUGACCGGCGGGAGGUGCCUCACAAUCUUCUCGAUGAUUACCGGUCUCCCGUGCGCGAGGGAGAAGGACGCAGAUGACGUCCUCACCAUGGUGGUCCUUGGCGCGAAGGUUGCCAUGGACAUGCUGUGCGCGACGGUCUCCGUGCAGAUUUCCGACGACAAGGUUGUCAAGUACAAGGCCAUCCUCUGGCAGAUUCUCUGCGAUCGGCGCUGCAGCCAAGAGACAGCUAUGAAGAUGGCUGGCCGGCUGUCGUUCGCCGUGUCCGUCACCGCGGGCAAAGUCGGCAGGGCGUACAUCAAACCUUUCUUCGCGCAGGCGCACGCGCCGCUGCGGGGUGAGGGUGCGUCUUGCUGGCUGCUUCAGGCAGCGGCGUGGUGGCUCGUGCACUUGGCCGAGGUUCCAGCGAUUGUCCACUCGGUCCCUGAUGCAACGAGGCGGCACGUUCAUCUGUGGACGGAUGCGGCUGGCGCAAGCCGCUGGUUAGCAGCCGUUCUCUGCGUAGAUCGGCGCUGGCUGUUCACGCGCAUGCAGCUGGGCGAGUCUAUCUGGCGCCAGCUCCUCCCGCGAGGCGAUCACCAGAUUGGCCUCCAGGAGCUUCUUGCCGUCCCGCUGGCGUACGAGACGUUCUCCGACCUGCUGCGCGGGGCCCUUGUCACGGUGUCCAUAGACAAUCAGGGCGUCCUCCAUGCGCUGCUGAACGGCAGGGCGGGCGCCGAGGACGCCAAUCUCGUCGUCGGCAAGGUCUGGUUGGACGUUGCAAGGUACCAGAUAGGCCUGCAUGCCGUGCGCGUGGAAUCCCAUGCGAAUGUAGCGGAUGACCCAACCCGUGACGAGUGGUCCUUGCUCCGUGAGCUCGGGGCGGUGUUCAGAGCACCACAGAUGCCGGUGUUCAGAGCACCACAGAGCCCGACGUUGCUCGCCUGA